AAAUAAUAUAAAGUUAUUUUUUUACAUUUUUAAACCGUUUAUAAUUAAUAUUAAUAGGUAAUUAUAAUUUAUAAGGAAUAUUUUAGUUGUAGACUUACGUGUCUCAUACCCGUGUAAAUAUAAAAUAAUGAUUUUACAUUAAAUAUUGUGAAUAAUUCACACAUCCUUAAACUUUAAAAAUGGCGAAUAAUGAUUUGACUAGAGUAAAGGGAACUUCUAUUGUUAAACCAAUUAUAUAUGGAAACACUGCUAAAUAUUUUGGCCAAAAACGACAUGAAGAUGGUCAUACUCACAAAUGGUGUGUAUAUGUAAGGCCUUAUGUAAAUGAAGACAUUGGCACCUGGGUCAAAAAAGUUCAUUUUAAAUUGCAUGACAGCUAUGAAAGUCCAACUCGAGUGGUGCAGAAACCUCCAUUUGAGGUCUCUGAAACUGGCUGGGGCGAAUUUGAAUUAGUAAUCAAGAUAUUUUUUCAAGAUACAAGUGAAAGACCAGUUACACUUUAUCAUGUACUUAAGUUGUACAGCAAUGGACAAGACUCUGAACUAAGUGAAAAACCAGUUUUGUCAGAAUUUUAUGAGGAAAUUAUUUUUCAAGAUCCAUCAACUUUCAUGAAAUUUAUACUAAAUGAUACAUUGAGUAAAAAUCCUCCAAUUGAUGAAAAAAAUCUACAUUAUGAACGCAUAAAGAAGACCACAGUGGAAAAAAUGAUAAAAUCUAGAAAAAGAGUACAAGAACAUACGGUUAUGUACAAAGAACGUCUAAAAAAAUUAAGAGAAACCAUAAAUAAAUUUAAAGAUGAAAUUUGUGCAUUGCAAUCUCAAUGCAGUUCAUCAACAUUGCGAUAAAUAAAAAUAAAUAGAACCAUAGUGAUAAUUGACAUCCUUUAUCAAAUACACAAAUAUUAAGUACAUAUUUAUUCUAGUUAUUAUAUUUUAAUCUGUGUUUAUUUUUCAAGAUUAUAUUUUUUAAAUUUAAAUAACCAACAGUAUAAAUUAUAAACAUCACUCAUGACUUCUUUAUGAAAUUAUACAUUGAGGCAUACUUGAGGCAUAUUUUUUCUCAACAUGUAACCCAGAUUUAAAUUAAACCGGUUGAAGUAGCUUAUCAGCUACACAAUCUUACAAAAGUAUUUAGACCUCAUGUCAUCCUUAGAAGUACAAUAAACGAAAAAUAAAAAUAAAA